GCUCCUACCGCGAAUGAUAUCCACCCUCCACCCCACGCACCCGCGACCACUUUAAUGCUACCCUGCAUUCUGCGACUACAGUCGCUGCAACAGUACAGUACCACCCACCACACAUCCCGCUGCACACCCCGGCACCGGUGUGUCUGGACACUAGUCUCCAACCUCGAAAGCCAAGUCGGAUUGGCGUUCCUGGCUCUAUAGGAACACAUCUCGUUUCGGUCGUAUUAUAUCUUGGCUUUUUAAAUUUGAUCUUCCUGCAAUUUCUCAAUCAGUGGUUCUUUCUUGUUUCUUGCUCAAUCGCAAGGCAAGGCAACACCAAAGACUAUAUACCACAUUGUACCCGCAUCUAGCUCAUUUAGGUACCUGCUGCAAGCUCUCAAGGUACCAAUCCUAAGUUGCAAUAUGCCGUGGCUCGAGCUCACACCACCGCUGCCGCUGCCCGUGGCCCCUCGCGCCAACAAACUCAAGACACUACCAACUGAGAUAUACACCACCACGCUGAACUAUCUGCUUUCGAACGACUUGAUACUGCGCCAGACUUUACCUUACCUGCCACCAUCUUCCGUCCUUAAGCUCGCCGCAACCUCGCGCGACUUUCGGAGCUUGAUUUACCACACGCCCGGUGCGCUCCGCCACCUUGAUCUGACUGGUGUAAAGGCCGCCCACCUCGGCAGCGAUGCACUAGAUGGAUUUCGCGACGCAGGCCAGCCUGACAGGCUGCUCACCGAAGACGAAUACUACUCCGCUCCCCUCCGCAACAUCUUUUCCAAGCUCGGUCGUGCCAGUCUUCUGCCCUCUGUGCAGACUCUUAUACUAGAUGGUCUCUCUGUGACCGCGGAGCUAGUCCAUGACCUCAUCACGGACCCGUCGCUCAACAUUCGCAUCCUUUCCCUUCGGGGAGUCAAGAACCUCAACGAGGGGAAGCUACAGCAGAGCCUGCAAACGGUUUGCAGGCCUGGCAGGCCCGUAGGGACGCCCCGUGUCCAGGGCAUAUACCUGUUCUCGGCGCCGUCGACUCAGGUGCAGAGCUCUACGCCAGGCUCCUCCCGCGCAUCAUCUCCAGACUCGGAAUGGGAAGUCCAACCCCCAUGGCCCGGCAGCCAGGACAACUGGUACCAGAGCCGCGGGCGGGCCCUUGCUCGGUCUGUGUCCCCCGAGUGGGCCCGUACGAUUCAGGCCUGCCGCGGCGUCAUAUCAUUCGACGCAAUCCUGUGCGCCGGUCCGCGCCACCUCAACUCCCCCGCGCUGGGGCUCGUAGACGUCACGUACACAAGCGGCCGCGAGGUCCCACAGUGGGCCGUUGCAACGCACGCUCUCGACGGGUGCUCGGGCUGUGGCGCCGCGCCCGAGGGGAUGACUGAGUGGGGGAGGUCGGAGAGGAGUGACUGCCCGCUACUGGAGCCAGUGCCGCUCCAUUCGAGCACCGUCAAGGCCGCAGGUCGCCCGUCGCAGGCGGAGGGCGCAAGGUUUGUCGCUCGGUGUGCGGAUUGUCUGUGGAACCGGCAUUGCAACAGCUGCCUCAAGUGGUGGUGCGAAGCAUGCUACUCCGGUGUGGGAGGAGCCAACUCGAAGGCUGGUGUUGCAAAGGAUUGUUGGGAAUGUGGUCCGAACUGCUUCGAAUGCAUCUCUGCAACUCAGAGGACCUGCAAGAGCUGCUGUGGCGGCUACUGUAUCAUCCAUAACGAAGGCUCAACUUCGACUCACUGUGACUGGUGCUGCUCCAGGGGUAGUAGCUUGAGGGCUAGAGACCUCUACUAGUCACGCUGCCAAGUCUCUUAUGACAUGAGCUUUUGUUAAGAAUCGGCGGUUGCCAUGCAUUCAUUCUUGGAGGUCAAGGAUCAAUUAAAAUUCGCGUCGGACUGCUGCUGUUCAUUUCCCUGUCUCUACCCUACAACAACCUCCAGACUCAAAUUCCCUGGAGAAAAACAACCCCACUCUUCGUUGGCGUCUGGCUUGUAACGAAGUUAUGAAGCGUGUUUUUCCUACGAUAUCUCUCCACUCUUGGCUAGCACUCCCCUCCAUUACUAGAGCUGCAUUUUGCUGCUUCAAUACCAAAUACCCAUCAAUACUGCAAUUGUUAAGGAAAGAUGGUGGUGUAGUGAUGUAUGUAAUCUCGGCCAAUUCGGGCGUCAAAGGAGCCGAUCUGUGUUCCCUUAAAAAAUAGCAGAUGAGGUUAAUUAUCGU